UUGGCUUUUGUUUAUGUUUCUAGUCUUAGCAGGUUUGAACUAUAAAUGCACAAAUCGCGAUAUGUUUUUUCCAUCUCAUGCAACAACCAAAAGCAAACCAUUCUCACUCUCCCGUCUUCCGGGGACUUCAUCGUCCAAAACAUCAACUACAAGGACCAAAAGAUUCACCCUUUGAUUUUGCGACCGGCACUGAGAACUACACGUUCCUCAAUUGCUCGUACAAAGAUGUAGAAUGGGCUUCACCCAUCACAUGCCUCAGCAAUGACCACUACAAGGUACUUCUUGAGCCAACUUCGUCCGAGUCAUGGGCUCCUUGCUCUGUCAUUUCCACGGCUUUGGUUCCUUACUAUUCAUUUGACUGGUACAACCUUAAUGUGGUUGGUGUUGAGCUGGAAUGGGAGGUGCCUGAUUGUCGUUCUUGGGAAGCAAGGAAUCUUCGUUGCGGGUUGGAAACUCCUACAAGUUCGCAAGCUCAAGGCUUUGAUCAUUCUUCAAAAGUUUUCUCUUCAGGUCUCUCAAGGGCUGCAAAGUAUGCCAUACUAUUAAGCGUGGAAAUUCCAGGGCUGUUGGGCAUCAUUGGGAUCGUAUUUUAUGUUAGUGACAAGAUCAGGGCUCAUGCACUUCUCCAGCAACAGCAACCCACCACAGAUUUAUCAAUUAACAUAACAGAUGGACAACCUCCCGUAGCCGUAAGGGGCCUGGAUGAUGCGACCAUCGAGUCGUAUCACAAGAUUGAGCUCAGUGAAACUUGGAAGUUGCUCGAGCCCAAUGACCACACGUGUCCAAUUUGCUAG